GAAGAAACCGCGAAAGCAGUUCGACGGCAAGUGUUGAUCGUAGUGGACGCAUCGGAUAGCGCGGUCGUGAUUGAAACGCUGAUCUCGCAGUUGCCAUCGGAUACCCGUCGUCGAUAGGCCACGGUGAUUAUUUCUUAGUUCUGCGGUGCUCAUAAAUAUCGCUAGACGUUUAGCUUCUAUCAUCAUCAGCUCAGCAAAUACGGCAUGAUCAUGCUGCGAACCGUGCUAUUGGUGGCACUUGCUUUGUCACCAUGCGCACAAACGUACAAAGUGCUCGGACUGUUUCCCCAUCCCGGCCAGAGUCACUUCCAUUUCUUUCAGCCCGUCCUGAAAGGUCUGGCAGAAGCCGGCCAUGAGGUAACGGUCGUCAGUCACUUCCCCGAAAAGAAUCCACCACCGAACUACCGUGAUAUGCCACUCGAAGGUAUGGCAUCGUUGUCGGAUUCGGUCAGCUUUGAGCUAUUCGAGUAUCGGCCAGGUUUCGGACAUUUCAUGGAGUUUUUCAUGCUGUACACCUGGGGAAAGGAAGCGUGCGCGAACGCACUCAACUCGACCGCCAUCCAAACGAUCCUGGAUUCCAAGAUCCAGUACGAUCUGAUACUGGUGGAGCAGUUCAACAGUGAUUGCAUGCUCGGUAUUGCCCACCAGCUGAAGGCACCGUUCAUCGGUCUCAGCAGCUGUCCACUGAUGCCCUGGCACUACGAUCGUGUCGGAAAUCCGACGCUACCCGCGUACGUUCCGGCCCUGUUCAUGGGCUACACCGAGCGGAUGGACUUUUCGCAACGGUUAGCCAACUGGAUUACGGUCCAGUCGUUCAAGACGCUCUACAGCUGGUUUAACGAUGCCGCCGCCAACAAGUUGCUGCGCGCACGGUUCGGCGAGGGCGUAAUACCGGAUGUGCGCGAAUUGCAGCAACGCACCUCGAUGAUGUUCGUCAAUCAGCACUAUUCGCUGAGCGGUGCGAAACCGCUCAGUCCGGCCGUGCUCGAGAUUGGCGGUAUCCACAUUCGUGACUUUAAACCGUUGGAGGCGGAUCUGCAGCAGUUGCUCGAUACCGCGGACCACGGUGUGAUCUACAUCAGCUGGGGUUCCAUGAUACGGGCCGAAACGCUGCCAGCGGAAAAGCGAGACGCUAUCCUGAAGGCACUAGGACGACUCAAGCAACGCGUGAUCUGGAAGUGGGAAAAUGAAACCCUUCCGAAUCAACCUGCUAAUGUCCACAUCCGGAAAUGGCUACCACAGCGAGAAAUUCUCUGUCAUCCCAAGGUUCGCGUAUUUAUGAGCCACGGUGGACUGCUGGGAUCGUCCGAAGCCGCCUAUUGUGGUGUACCAGUAGUUGCAACACCAAUGUACGGCGAUCAGUACAAUAAUGCAGCUGCCUUAGCCAAUCGAGGUAUGGGUGUGGUGCUACCAUACGAAGAAAUCACCGUGGACACCGUGUACGAAUCACUCCGAAAGGUGCUUGAACCGGAGGCGAUGGAAAGCGCCAAACAGGUCUCGUUCUCCUAUCGCAAUCGUCCCAUGAACCCGCUGGAAUCGGCCGUCUGGUGGUGUGAACAUGUGGCCGCCACCGGUGGUCUUCCACUGGCGCAAUCUUACUCUAGCGAACUGCCCUGGUAUUCGUACCACCAGUUCGAUGUGUACAUUGUGACGAUCACCUUCCUGGUUAUCUACCAUUGGUGCUGGAUAUGGCUGUUUAAGCGAGUCUGCUGUCGUGGUGUGUCGGGUUUCAGUGACGAAAAGUUGAAAACUAACUAACCAGCAAAUCCACACAACUCCAUCAUUCAUUAAUCCACCAUGGUUCUCAUAGUAGCAUAUAAGACUUUCUUUCCGUUCCUUGUGUUUUAAUUUUCUUCCAAAUGUUUUUACGAAAGCGCACCAUUUACGAAGAUGAAUGUUGUUUAACAACCACCACAAAUUUUUGUUUUUAUUAUGAAAAAAAAGGAUAAAAGAACCUACAUCGUAGGAUUACUUGGUCAAUAACCGGAUAAAAUAAAGAAACAAAAAAAUAUA